CAAGUAACGAAAAUAUGGUAAAGAGGGACAAGUCGGUGACUCUGAUCAAAAGGCAGAAUCGCAGAAGUUGCAUUUUUUUAUUUUUAGAACUUUCCCUGCAUAUAAAAUAACAGCCCUCACCUUCUGUUUUUGGCAUAUUAUUUUAUUUCACUACCCAAAGCAAUCCCACUACCUUCUCUAUUAGCAGCGUUAAAGCAAUAAAAACAGGAACCAAAUCGUCGUUGUCGCCACCAGCACCAGCAAUGGCGCAACCACACUCUCCAUGGUGGCACUCUCCUGUGCCGUAUCUCUUUGGAGGGCUAGCAGCGAUUCUCGGUCUCAUCGCUUUUGCUCUGUUGAUCUUAGGUUGCUCCUACUUCCGACUUUGUGGUCGUUUGGACACCACCACAGGUGAAGGAGCUGAUGUUGAAAGUGGCCAAAAAGACGGUGAUUCCAGCAAGCAGGUGAAGGUUUAUGAGGAGAAAAUUUUGGUGAUAAUGGCCGGUGAGGAGAGACCUACGUUCUUGGCCACCCCUAUUUCCAUUAAACCUUCCUGUUUUGAUGAUAAAAAUGAUCAGGGGACAUGUGCUCAUCUUUAAUUGGUAUCAAAUCUUAAGCAGCUGAGCUGUCUGAUUUACGCGGCGACUCGACGCCAGCAUUUCUGCAUUUGUAACUUAAAUUAAACUUCUAGUCGGUUUCU